CGCCAACUGGAGGAGGAUGUUGCUAGCAGCCAGUGUAGAUGCACAGGCUCUUCACAACAAUAACAUUCUGUAAAAUUUGCAUCUCCACAUCUCCGAACCGAGGGUUCCACUCCGAGAACACUCCCGGAUCCGCACAUUGGAUAACAACCCUAGCAUUUACAUACAUUUAUAGUUCCGUCUUCUUUUGACAAUGGGAGUGGAUGGGUUUGCAGGUUUACUGAACGGUUUUUUGACAGAAGCAGAAACAAGAAUCUUGGCUUUCCAGCUAGGCCGCAGACGUUUUUUGUCGCCAUGAGCAAGAAUCGACUGGCGAUAAAAUAUUGGAUGUAUUCUCUGUGGGUUUGUAUUGUUGCAAGUGCUACGGAGCCGAUGCUUUCAUAGCAAGAUUAUUUUUAAUUUUCACUGUUUCUGCUUGAGCCAACAACAGAAGCUAGCGAGCUCUCUAGCUUCUCAACCUUGACUGGCUGCCGUCUUGUCUCGGUAAUUAGCUCAGCUAGCUAGCUAGCGAUCACUUGGCCACCAAAGCAGCUGGGUUUAAACUUUUCGUGGAAGAUUUACCUUCACCGCCGGAUACCCCGCGAUUCUGGUACCACAGAUUUCGUGUGCGAGGUCAGCUUCUGGAUGAAUGUGGAACAAAAUGGAGACCCCGACGAUUGUGUACGAUUUGGAUACCUCUGGAGGCUUGAUGGAGCAAAUCCAAACUCUGUUGGCACCUCCGAAGUCCGAGGACGUGGAGAAGAGGAGCCGGAAGCUGGUAAGAGAUGUUCGGAGGAGCGGCAGGGCCACCAACCACGACACCUGCGAUAGCUGCAGGGAGGGGGGAGAUCUGCUGUGCUGCGACCACUGUCCAGCUGCUUUUCAUUUACAGUGCUGCAACCCACCGCUUAGUGAAGAAAUGCUUCCUCCUGGAGAAUGGAUGUGUCAUCGCUGUAAUGUGAGAAAAAAGAAGCGGGAGCAGAAGUCUGAGCAGACUAAUGGCUUCCCAGAUCGGUCGUCAACCAAGCGUUCCACUUCUCCAACGGGGGAGCUUGAGGUCAACACCGGCCCGCUGAGACUUGAUGGCCUUCCACCAGGGGCCGGGGCUGCAGGUCCUGGUCUACGAGUGGCUCAGGUCCGCCUCUUGGACCGCAGGACCAGCAGCAGGCCUGGCAGCCGCCCCGGGACACCGACAUCCAACACUUCAUCCACCCCAACCCCAUCAGAGGAGCAGAAUGAUGGAGAGGAAGAGGCAGCUGACCCUGAGGAUGACAUUCAGGCAGUUGAACCUGAUGGUGCAUCGCUGUCAGCACCGGCACCACGCCUUCUCAAGAGACCCUUUCAGCUUCUAAUUGCAGCAGCUAUGGAGCGAAAUCCCACACAGUUCCAGUUGCCCAAUGAGCUUACGUGCACCACUGCACUACCAGGCAGCAGUAAACGAAGGAGAAAAGAAGAGCUGCUGGGCAAACCAUUCAGAAGACCUCAGCAUGAACUGGAUCCUAAUGGCCUGGUCCCUCUGCCCGUCAAAGUUUGCUUUUCAUGCAACAGGAGUUGCAGGAUGGCUCCACUGAUCCAGUGUGACUAUUGUCCACUUCUUUUCCACAUGGACUGUCUGGACCCCCCACUGACAGCUUUGCCUACUGGCAAGUGGAUGUGUCCAAACCAUGUUGAGCAUAUAGUGCUGAACCAGAGAAGCCUCAGCUUGUCUAGUCGCUGUCAGCUCUUUGACCAGUUCCAAGACAGGAUCUCUCAGCAUGCUGUCAGGUUGAACUUCCUUCAUAGAGUCCAUCGGCAGAAUGCUCCCAAUAGGCGGACCUCUUACCAGCAGAACAAGAAAACCAUUAAGGUGCCAGAUGCAAUCAAGUCUCAGUACCAGAAUCCUCCCCCUAUGCUGCUUCCUGCAGGGGUAAAUCAGUUGGAGUUGGUUUGUAGCAGACUUCCCAACCAUCAGCCCUCAAAGCACCUGACAACAGAGAUUGAACAGGAAGAGUGGCUUCAGGACAUCAUUGCCCUCCAGUGUAGCAUCAUGAGACACCUAUCCAUUAAUCAGAAGGUCAGAUCUGCCACAUCCACAGAGUUUCCAGUGGAGUUUGAGAGUAAAAAGCCCUGUGUUACAUCAGAGGAGAUGAAAGCUCAGGCGGCUGAAGAAAGAACUUCUGAUCCAUGCUCUAAGUUCUGCAUCAUGCCUGAUCACCCCCAAGAAGCCUAUGUAUCUCGGGACACCUUAACAGAAUUGGGUGUUUGUAAAUGCAGUAUGGCACCAUGUCCGAAAUGUAGGAAACCAAAUGGACCUCUGGCAGAGCUUCAGCCUCCCAAAGCCAACGGACCCCUAGACUGUAAGAGUGCCUCAGACCCCUGCAGGCAGCCUGACCUGCAGCAUAGAUUAAAGACUAAUGCCACAUCAUCCUCAGACUCAGCUAUCCCUUCAGGGCUAAUGAACCACAUAGGAACAGAGACAGUGAAAAGAGAUCCAGAAAGUACAACUGAAGCCUUUGCUCAGCAAAACUGCCCCACAGUUUGGCCUCACAACAGCCAGCAGAAUCAUAGGGGCCAGAUGGAGCUCCAGGAGUACUGUUUGAGCAUUGAUGAUAACCCCCCGUCCUCCUUCACCAGCAGUUCCUUGUCAGAGGUACCACCUAAAGGCAGCUAUAGGCAAAACUUGACAAUGCACGGACCAUUAUCACCGCCUCCAGAUAAAAAGGGUGGUCCUGGACUGAUGGACCCUCUGGUGCCCAGUGCACUCUCCUCUAUCCCAAACCUUUCCACUUGCAUGAACAGUGCCAGGGACAUUGGUGGGAUCGAGCUGGACAAGUUAGAUGCAGAAAUGAUCAAGCUCCUGGCCUACCAAAGGAUCCAACAGCUCUUCCCCCACAAAGUUUUCAACAAUCCAUCUCUCCUGGCCACAAGCAAUUCCUCAAAACUCCCACCACCACAUCAUGACGGUCAGAAGAAUGUGCAGGCACGAGCUGUUCUUUAUCCUCUGGCAGGACGAGGAGACACCAUCAACAUGUGCUAUAGGACGUUGUACAUAGGAUCUGGUGCUGACAUGGAUGUGUGCCUUACAAACUAUGGUCACUGCAGCUAUAUAUCUGGGAAACACGCCUGUAUUUUCUAUGAUGAGAAUACGAAACACUACGAGCUCCUCAACUACAGCGAGCACGGCACAACAGUGGACAACGUCCUCUAUUCGUGCGACUUCUCUGAGAAGACCUCACUGUCCCCACCCAGCAGCCUCGUGGCCAAGGUCCAAGGAAUAAUCCGUCGCAGUAAGAAGAGACAGGACAGGGUUAUGGGUUUUAUGCCAGCUGGAGGAGUGAUGAGCAGCCAGCCUCAAGGCAGCGUGGGGUCGUUGUGCAGCUGCAAGGGGAGCAGUUCCAGCCUUAUUGGUGGCAGCGGUGCAGGCUGGGAGGGCACAGCUCUCCUUCAUCAUGGCAGUUACAUCAAACUGGGAUGCCUCCAAUUCGUUUUCAGCAUCACAGAAUUUGCUGAUGAGCAGCCAAAAGAAGAGCACGCCAUUCUUCCUCCUGCAGGUUGCACAAGCACCACCCAGAGCAGUGGCAGUAUGGCCAGCUCUGCUCCUGCCUCCACUUGCACACCACCACCCCCCAGCACUGCUAUUGUAAGCAGCCCCUCCAGUCACGACGAGGCUGAUGCUGAGAUUGCUCCUCCCCACCAAGUGCCCGUUCUGCACUACAACUCUGUUCCAUAACCCACACAGGACACAUGCUCUGCCUCGUUUUAUUUUGCACCUUCCGUGUCACAAUAAAGAGAACGCUACGCAACAGGAUGGUCAACAGGGAAUAGUUUAUUUUUUUCAAUUUCAAAUUGUUUAUAUUUGCAUGAAAUUUAAGUAUUAUUGACAAGUAUUAUUGACAAUCUCUUCUGUUUGAGAAUGACUGACGAUAACCUUGUUUUCACUUCAGACUAUUAGGACUUUGAGCAAAGAUUAUUUACUUGAGCUCAUUUAUUUUUCACAGUAUAUAUUAGUUUUGUGUAAUGUAACUUUACUGUGUUGGUCAGAACCAUUUAGCAGUGACCCUUUUUUUUAGUAUUGAAUUCCAUGCAUUGUAAUUUCCUUUGCUGCUUUUGCACCACAGGUAGCUAUAAAUGUAUGUAAACAUACAUGCUUACACACUAUAUGUAAACAUACUGUAAAUGUAUAUAAUUCAAUGUUUCUCAGCUGGAGGAACUUUGGAUUCCAUGUAGAUUUAUCAUUUUUUGGUUUUUAACUUUACAGUCAUGAAAUUUGUGAUACUGUGUAGAGUACCUGCAGUUUUGUGAUAAAACUUGUUCUUAUGUAUUGUAGUCCAUCUUUCAGUACCAUAUUGUUUAGCACUCAUUUUAACAUCAUGUGUUGCUCUGUAUAUAGGCACUCUUUAUCUGUACCUGCUUGUCUGUUAAAACCUGUAAAUACAGAAAGAUUUUUAACAACGAA